CUCACCUUUUUACAGCAAAACCCUAGGCGUAUGGCGAUCUUCUUCUCACAUCUUUCUCACAAUUCCCCUGCUUAAGUGGCUCUGCCUUCCCCUGCUUCCGGCUUCUUCUGCAAUGUAGUGAAAGCCGUUCCUACCCUUUUCAUUAUAUACUCUCAAGGUUUCAGCAGGGCACAAGUUAAAGUUGGAGGCUGUUAAAUUUUGCAUCCACAACAAUGGGUUACCAAUUUAUCGAGUGGGAUCAAGGAUGGGACUAUAUACAGAAGGGGAUCACGAAGCUAAAGAGGAUUGUACAAGGAUUACCAGAACCGCAGUUCAACUCAGAAGAAUAUAUGAGGCUUUACACAACUAUCUAUAACAUGUGUAGCCAAAAACAUCCCCAUAAUUAUUCUCGGCAGCUUUAUGACAAAUAUCGGGAGACAUUUGAGGAAUACAUUACUUCAACGGUGUUGCCCUCUGUAAUAGAGAAACAUGGUGAGUGUAUGCUGCAGGAGUUUGUCAAAUGUUGGGAAAAUCAUAAGAUUAUGAUUAGGUGGCUGUCACGAUUCUUUAGUUUUCUUGAUGACUACUACAUCGCUCAAAAUCACGCAUCACAUCCUGGGCUGAAUGAAGUUGGACUUAACUGCUUCCGUAAUAUGGUUUAUCAGAAGGUAAAUGCUAAUUUGAGAUUUGCUGUACUUGUUCUUAUUGGUAAAGAACGUGAAGGAGAACAAAUUGAUAGAGCACUGUUGAAGAAUGUGAUAGAUAUAUUUGUUGAAAUUGGAAUGGGACAUAUGGAUGCUUAUGAAGAGGACUUUGAAGCAUACAUGCUAAUUGACACUCGUGAUUACUAUUCUCAUAAAGCAUCAAGAUGGAUUUGGGAGGACACUUAUACGAAUUACAUGUUGAAGGCAGAGGAAUGCUUGAGAAGGGAGAGGGAUAGAGUUUCUCAUUACCUGCAUCCAAGCAGUGAGAAGAAGCUGGUAGAGAAUGUGAAACAUUGGUUGGUGGUGGUAAAUGUAACUCAACUGAUUGAAAAGAAGCAUUCUGAAUCUGGAUGUAGUGCUUGGCUUACAGUUGAUAAUGUGGAGGAGCUUUCUAGGAAAUUUAUUUCUAAUGUUAUUUUGGAACAAGAAGUUCCUGCUCAAGGUUCAACCUUGGUUCAACAGGCUGAAGAUGCCGCAAUGCAGGAAUGAAAUCAAUCACACUACUAACAAUUGUGAACUUCUCUGGGAUCUACAGUAAAUGGUGCACUGGUUGUUUUAGAAAUUCCAUGAACAGAUUACAACUUACAAGUUGUGAUCAGUCAAAGAGGCUAGAUAGAAGUAUAACUCUAUCAGGAAAAGAGGAAGAGAUUUACAAUGAAUAUACAUGCGAUAAUUGCAUCAGAUAA